AUGAUUGAUAAAGGAAUAACAUCCUCUAGUAAGAGUUAUGGAGGGAUGAAUAAUGCUAAUAUCGAUCCUAAAAGACAUUCAUCGUGGAUUCAGCAUCCAAAUUCAGAGUGUGCUAGAGAUUUUGUAGCAAGACCUGAUAAACAACAGCUGUUUUCUGAAGCACACUUUUCUCGAUCGUCCUAUGACGAUGAUCCAAAUCCUUCGGGGAAUGGCCAUCAAGAAACUCAGAAAUUUCCGAACAAUCCAUGGUCUGAUAACUCAUACCAAUUUAAUAGUGUUCAAAGCCCGGAUUAUAAUUACCAAAAUUUUAAUAAUAACGAGUCAUUCAAAGGAAAUUAUCAUGAGUUUGCAAAGGCAGAGGAGAAUUAUCCCGCAUUCCAACCUGGCUACUCUGGUAUGAGUCCUCCCUUCAAUGAGAGCCCAUCAUAUUUCUCAUAUUUCCAAGGAUAUUACCAAUAUGAUCAGGAAUAUGAAGGUGUUCAGAGACAAUACCAUCCUCCUCAGCAUUAUCAAGGCUAUGGGUAUGAUUACAAGCCUAAGCAAAAAGUAUACCCUGCUGCCUUAGACGAACAGGACAACGAAGUUGCCUCUGAGAAGAGUAACCCUAAUUUGGGAGGAAGAAAGAAGGAUUCUAACAUUCUAAUUGCUUCAGGAUUCCCUCUAGAUGUUACCCCAUACAAGAUUUUCAGGCUUUUCUCCUUGUAUGGAAAUGUUACCAGGAUCAAGAUAAUGUUUAAAAAGAGAGACACAGCUUUAAUACAGUUCAUGGAUAGCUACCAAGCUAAACUUGCCAAGUUGUACUUGAACGGAUGCAUGUUUGGAGAUGGGGCUAUCAAAGUCAAUACUUCUAAGUCAAGCUUUAUCAUUAUGCCUAAGAAGGGGACUAAGAUGGAGUCAGAGGAAAGGAUGCUGGCCCAAGAUUUCUCCCGUUCUAAAGAGCAUAGAUAUAAGAUAGCUGGAAGCAGAAACUUCCAAAACAUCGCUCCACCUUCAAAAGUGCUCCAUCUCUCUAAUUUGCCAAAAGGAAUAGGUGAAGAGAAGCUUCAGAGUGUAUUUUUAUCAGUUGCUGCUUUUGAGAAAAUCAAAUUUUUCGAUGUUGGAGGGAAGACAAUGGCUCAUGCAGAGUUUGACUCCAUUAGCACAGCUAUAGAAGUCAUUAUUGCAUUCCAUAACUACAAUAUUGAGGGCAGGUACAUCAAAAUUUCUUUUUCUAAAAGUGUGCCUGAGAAUCUUACAAAAGAAGAGUAAAUCCUUAAGGUCUGGAUGCUGCCUAAUGCUUGAAAGGUAGCCAAGACUUUAGUGAAAAUAGCCCAAUCUAUUUUGGGUUAAUUCUUUUCAAAUA